AUGGCACCUGUCCUAGUCCACCCAUCAUAUCCCUCUCUUAUCCCCCGAUCAACAUUACCUGCAGCGGCUCAUGCAACUCCAAUUAAGGUCACAAAGUACAUCGGUCUCAAGGUACUACUUCAGCUCUUUGCAGGAACGGCCGUGAUCUUUGUGCUUGCAGUUUUCUUUUGGAAGAUCGGGAAAUUCUGUCGCUAUCUCACGCAAGACAAGGUGUUUAAAAGUGGAAACACAACUACCACUCGCUACGCAAGGACUUGGUAUGGCUGGGUGUCAGCUCAACGACAUGAGGAUAACAAGAAGGCUUUUCGCAGAUGUUUCAGGAAGAUCUGGACAACGUCGGACAAUGAAUACCGCUGGGUCUGGUGGGAUCCUGGGCAGAAGGAGCUGGAAACAUACCGUGAAAGAAAACGAUUGUCGAGGUGGCUACCGAGGUGGCUCAGAAAUUACAGCUAUAUCGCAGCGGACACUAUCUGGAACCCCGGGCCUCCUCCGUGCCAGAAUGCCAGCGCCCUAAGAGAAGCAAGCUAUCUGUCUGGAACGAGCAUUGGUACCAACUUAUCUAUCCAACUAUACCUCCAGCAAGACAGUCACCAAAUGACGUUCCAAAGGAUGCGAAAACCCGACCAGGAAAUUCAGAUGAAGUCAGCCCGGAAGGGCAGGUAUAAACAGGAACGCUUACGUCUUGGAAACAGCGAAGUUAUCUGCCAAAACCGCUCGAAUUAUUCCGCCAAAGCCAUGGCUUUCCGCUCAGAUUCUGCAGAUCUUGAUUCAGUAGUCGUACGCAGCCUUUCUCUUCCAUGUCUCGUUUCAUAUAGAGGCGGAUUUCAACAGAUAUCCAUGUUUUCGGAUGCAUCGCAGAGCACACAUACAACGAUUAUCUUGAACCGUGCCCCUGCGUUGAAAAGACCUCGGGGACUCCAAUCUUCACGCAAAUACCAAGUCUGGUCCACCCGAUUGGAACUUAAGACUUCCAAGUGCCUUGGUUUCUUGGGCCCGCCUCCAGGAAGUCCGAGAUCCAAGCACCUCACCAGCCGUUCGUCCGACCAGAUGCCCCUGUCUAGGCUGGCACAUCAAGAUCGAGUACAUGUUAACACAAUCUCUACAACAUCGAGCCAUUUGAUCACAUUCGAUUGUAGAAAGCGCCACGGCACCGAAACAAAAAGACCAGCAGAAGAGACCUACCGGCUUCAUCAUGAGAGAUGGCUCUCCACAGAAAGUUCAUGCAGUCAAAUUCACCUGCAUAGGCGCACACUGACCUCCGCUUCCGAUGAUCGCCGAGUAAUGUGUCGUGGCGAUCGGCAGGAACACGGCCGUUCUUCGCGAGGGAAGAAGCCAAUGCAUGUGCAUCAUCCAAAUACAAAGACGUCCAAGAAGAAGGAGCCGGACGUCAAGUGGAACGCUGCAGCAAAAGUUCCGAUCAGACAAUUGAGCAACUGGGAGAUAUUGUUCAUCGACAGCCUGGACCGCAAACUGAAUUGGCUUCACAACCAGCUCAGCCCAGGCCGAAGACCAUAUCAUUUCGCCAUGCUUGCCAACCACUGGCUCAAUAAAGAAACCUGGCUCGUGAUUGACCCACCCUCGCGGAUCUCUAUUGAUGCUAAACGCAGGUACGGAGAUUCCAGGUUCAAUGUGCCGUUCCCGAACACUUCCUGGGGCCCUAACCCGAAGUACCCCAAGAAGUCUUGCAAAGCAAUCCGUUCUCCGCGGAUAGAUUCCUGGAGAGCAGCCGUCAACCGAAACAGAAGAGCAUCCGGGCUCCAGGAUAUUGUCAACGCGUUCCGGUUGUACGAUACUUCGGUUGAUAAUCCGCCAGACGGCAAGGUAGACCCCGCCAGCUGGAUCCUUCGCAAACCCCCGCAAGGGCUGGAGCUGUCGGCUCGAGAAAGACAGGUGUACUACGAAGGAGGAGCCGGCUUUCAGGAGACGCUUGAUGAUUGGCAAAAAGUCCGGCGUGGCUAUCGAAUCCGCAAAGCUAUUACGGAUGGGAAAGUCAACAGAACCAGAGCCAAGGAGAUCGCUUUGGGUAUCACUCGAUACUAUCGUGCGGUAACGUGCAAACCCCCCUGAUAUACCUAUAUCUGCUGCGAA